CAUAGCUAGGUGCCUAUUCAUUCUAUUCUUUAUUUUCCAUUAUAAAGAGAUUUAAAUUUUACGAAAAUAUUGAAGAAUAUGAGUAGCGACACCCCCCUACUCGGUCAAGACGCAAGUGGUCCUCACUACGAAGAUGAGGAUGAGCACCAGACAUUCGUGGAGAGCUGGAAGUCCGGAUACCACCGAGUCCAAACGGCAACAUCUCGCUUCACCAACUCCCGCACAAAACACUGGAUCCUCCUCGUCCUCAUCAUCCUCGACGUCGCCGGUAUCUUAAGCGAUAUCUUCAUCGCCCUUAUCACAUGCGAGAUCGGUGUCGAAAACGACGAAUGGGUGGCCCCCACGAGAAAUGCCUUGACCACCUUCUCGUUGGUCAUGAGUUGCAUCUUCCUCGCGGAAUUGGCCUUGUCUGUGUUCGCCGAUGGCUGGGGGUACUUCCGGAGCUGGUUUCACCGAUUCGACGCCUUCGUGGUUGUGGCUGGAUUUGCCGUCGAUAUGAUCGAGAAUAAUACGGCGGAGGAGAUCGCCUCGUUGAUUGUUAUCUUGCGAUUGUGGCGCUUCGUCAAGAUCGUCGAUGAGUUCUCCGUCGAAGCCUCUGAGGAGAUGGAAGAGAUGCGCAAACGCUGCGAGGAUCUGGAGUCGCGCAACGCAGCUCUAGAGGCGCAGAUUGCGCAACGAUAGUAUGUUCCUACAUAAGGUAGUUUCCGCACAGCGCUCAUGGUGUGUCUGGCAUACCUUUCGGUCGUCGGUGGUUCAGAAGUAAGGUUAUGGCUUGACUCUGGAAACCUUGAUGCGAUAGAGUACCUUGCUUGACAGAGAUUAGCUAAGGGCGCUAGUUAGAUGAUGUCUUCAAUAUCGAGAUACCCCUUUUUAUCGUUUCGCUUGGUGUUCCGCUCACAACUACCUUUUAACAGCUUGCCAAGUAUACAUCGGAUGACAACUUUAUCCAUGCACAGUAUCGAGGUAGAAGCAAACAUACUUAGUACCUAAGUAGUGGUGAUGACGCUCGACAUAUUAAGUUCUUCAAUCCUAUCUUCGGAUGGUAGAACUCUACUACCAACCACAUGAUAGCUUCGUAUGUGAAGCAAACUGCUUAAUCACCUACCUAGUAAAUAAU